AUGUCCGAGUUUGACCGUGAGAUGAGAAGGCGUCUUUGGGGCGUCCUCUACAUGUGGGAUUUUGCCCUUGGCUCCAUGCUCUCACGCCCCCUCCUUGUCAACCAUGCCGAUUGCACUUUCGUAAUGCCAACUCUGGCCCUCGAAUUUGAUCCCGAGCGGCCCAACCAGCCAUCGCCCUUCGGUCAUAUGAAUUUGCAUUGCCAGCUGUGUCUUGCCAUGGCAGCCGAGUUUGCUCCUCGCGCCGAUGGAAAAGUGGAUGAGGCCGACCAGGCCAGAAGACUGCGCGAUGUCGUCUAUAAGUGGUACGAGGAUCUUCCCAAAGAGUACUCCCGCACGAAUCCCGACACCCAGUGGGAUGAGGAGUUUGAUUGGGUUGUCUUCCAGCGCCGGUAUCUCCAUCUGAUAGGAUACAUGUCUCUCUUCAGCCCAUUGAAGGCAUUCGUCACCCGAAAUUCUGGCAAGCCUCUGACGAAGCUUGAAUCCGAGCUGCGCGCGGCUGGUGUCCAAGCCGGCCUCGAUCUGAUGGAUGUGUCGUGGAGCUUCUUUGAGAACAUGGUUUCAGCCGGUGCAAAGUUCCACUAUGCCAUCUUUUGCAUCUUUGAUGCCACGACGGUCAUGUGCUCUGCUUUUGUCCACGAUGAGGCCCGCACUCUACCACAGCGCGAGACGGUGCUCGAAGCUAUCACCAAGGGUCUCCACAUGCUCGAGAAGUCAUACGCCGAGUCCAAGACAACGGCAGCCCUGUAUCGUAUUCUCAAGGGCCUCAUCAUCAACCUGCCGCUCAGCCCUCAAGAAAAGGGAGUAAUCGGAGCUCCGAAACGCAACAAGCGCACAAAUGUCAACCAGACAGGCGACAGUACAGCUGCCGGCUCAUCGAACAAUGCUUUGGCUAGAAGAAUUCUUUCUGAUCGUAUCUCCGAGGGCGUAGCUCAAGGAUCGAAUACCGAUGGGACACUGGUCGAAUCUCAGCUCGGCUCAAAUAGCUCUCAACUCGGUUCGAAUGGCUCGGUAUCGGUGGUGUCGUCGUCAUCGAACAACAUUCCUUCACCCGAGGUUCCGUUGCGCUCAAACGCCCCCAUCCCCUCUGCGAAUGGACAGGUUUUCCAUGGCUAUCAGCCAAUGGAUAACCCACCAUUUUCCAACGGCCAUGAUCACUUGAGCCAUAUGCAUGCACCAAACAUGCAGCCCUCGCCAUACUAUGGCACAGUCGACCAAUUCAUGCCCUCAAGCGCAGGCAUGGUUCCUUCGAAUGGAUAUUUGGUGACCGACAGCUUCGUACCCAACAGUGGCUUUGUGUCAUCGAAUGACCUCCAGUUCAGCAAUGACCAUCAUAUCUUCCACUCCGGGCCGCCUGACCCCCUUGGCUACACCCAGCCCGCGUGGGAACCGGCCCCUGAUGCCAAUCCAAACUUCGGUCUACUCCAAGGAGCGAUCCAGGAGGUAUCGGAGGAUGCGGUGCCUGCUGUGCCCAGUGUGUUGGAGUAUUGGGACUGGCAGCAACUUGAUCUUGGAAACCCUGGGUAUUGGGGGAACCAACAGCCGCCACGGAUGUGA